AUGACAACAAACACCUCCAAGCGUCUUUUGACAGCUCAGAAGCUUAUCAGCUACUAUGCCUCCCUCGACCCAACCAUCCUCGAGCCCCUCCUUGCACCCAACCUUUACCACGAAUUCCGCCCAGGCUCACUCGACGUCCCACGCGGCUUUGACAAGCCAUCCUUCCUUGGGUUCUGCAACAGCCUGGGUAGCAUAAUGACCGGGUUCCCCUUUACAGCGAAAGAGUACAUUGAAAGCGAGGCGAGCAACCAAGUCGUCGUCUGGGCGACGAGCAAAGCCCAGUUCCGGGAGGAGGUGAAGGACUAUGAGGGGAUGGAGGCAUCGGAUUGGGAGUUUGAGGGCGAGUACGUGCUUAUUCUGACGAUGGAUGAGUCUAGGGAGAGGAUUGAGCGGUAUGUGGAAUUUCUGGACAGUAAUGCGACGGUGCAGAAGCUUUUGGGGUUGAUGGAGAGGGCGCAGAAGAACUUGGCCAAGAGGGGUUGA